CCUCAUCUCUCGAGUCCGCGCUGCGCAUCACCAUAUUCAUUUCCUCUUUUGUACUUAUUAAAUUAAUACAAAAACCCAGUCUUCAAAGCCCUAAUCGAAAAUCCCUAAAUCCAUUUCCAUCUUAAACCCUAAUUUUGUACCGCGAGAAAAAAACCCAGUGAUUGAACAGAUCAAGCAGAUACAGGAAUACAAUCUACAUACAGAACUCAAUCAAUAGAGAUUUUUCUGUUCUAUUGCUAAUUUGAGUGGACAAGAUGUCGACGAGGAGGCGAGUUGCGGAGGAGAGAUUGUAUUACAGUCCACCGGCAAUGAGAAUGCACAACCAGCAGCAGCAACAGCAAAAGCAACAACAAUCAAAGCUAACUAAGUGUUCACCUUCACCGUCACAGGAAAAAAAUGGAUUCGUAUCAGAGUCCUAUUUGGAUCGUUUCUUAGAGCACACAACUCCUUCUGUUGCAGCUCAACAUUUUACUAGGACAAGCAUGCGAUCAUGGAGAAAUCGUGGUAAUGAGUUCAAUCCAUAUUUCAUUCUCGGGGACCUUUGGGAAUCUUUCAGGGAGUGGAGUGUUUACGGGGUUGGAGUUCCUCUUCUUUUGAACGGGAAUGAUUCGGUUGUCCAAUAUUACGUACCAUCCCUGUCAGGUAUCCAACUGUAUAUAGAUCCAACGAGCCACGUCAUGGAUCAAAGAAGACCUGGUGAGGAGAGUGAUGCAAAUUCAUCAAGAGACACGAGUAGUGAUGGGGACAAUGAAAGUGGGACUAAUACAAGAGCCAACAGUGCACGAGGACCUUUGGUUAGCAAUCCUCCUGGUCUGCUUAUUUUCGAGUACUUUGAGAGGGAGCUUCCUUUUCAUCGUGAGCCAUUGGCUGAUAAGAUGUUGAUACUUGCGUCCCGCUUUCCCAAACUCAAAACUUACAGAAGCUGUGACCUGACUCCAUCGAGUUGGAUUUCCAUUGCUUGGUACCCCAUAUACCGGAUACCUGUGGGCCCCACUCUGCAAAACGUCGACGCCUGUUUCUUAACGUUUCAUUCUCUUGCAAAACCUGUUAGAGGUGGCGGGCGAGUACAAGAUGCUAAUAAUAAGCUUUCGUUGCCAACUUUUGGACUUGUUUCAUAUAAGUUCAAAGUGUCUGACAGGGAUGGAAAUGGAGUUUUUGAGGGCCAAAAGGUCAUUUCACUCCUACGGGCAGCCGACAACUGGCUCAGGCUGUUGCAAGUCAACCAUCCAGAUUACAAAUUUUUCAUGUCCCACAACACUUUCUGGAGAUAAAGAAGUUAUUGGCUGUUGUGUAAGAACCAUGAAAUUGUAUGCUUGAGAAACUUAUGGAAAUAUACUGGGUGAUCUUUUUUGUGCAACCAAAAGAAUGCAGAUGUGGAAACUUUUAUCAAAAGAUGAAAUGUUGUUUUUCUGCUGCAUCUGACUACUGAUGAUGGCGAAUAGUAUAACGUGUAUACAGUAUUUUGGAUUUUAUGUAAUGCUCAUGCAUAGGAUUGUGUACUUGUAACUUGUUGAAAUUUUUUCUUGCGUGUGUUUCAGUCAGCUUGAAGCAUUUUUCGCUGCUACACCUUCACAAGUUAUUCAUCAUCCUAAUGUAAAGCUAGGAAAUCCAGGCAAAGUUUAGCCCCAAUUAAUACGAAGGGCGAUAUGAGCUUCUCUAUAUUGAAUUUGUCUGUAUUGAGC